CCGCUCUUCUACGAGAGGACGCCGCUUCCCAUCCCCGAGACAGCAACGGUUGACCCGGGCUCCGAGAAGGCGAGAACACCAACGCCAGGCAGCCUCCAACAGAGCAGACGCCAGAGGGAGCCGUGGCAGCAUCCAUGGCCGCCGCCCCGCCGCUCCGGGCUCUCCUCCUGCUGCUCUGCACCGCCUUCUCCGUCCACAUGGCAGCGGCGCACGGGGCGAGCGCCGGCGGCCACGGGCUCGGCGUCAACUACGGCCGGGUGGCGGACGACAUCCCCUCGCCGCGGCGGUCCGUGGAGCUGCUCCGCGCGGCGGGCGCCGGGUCCGUCAAGAUCUACGACGCCAACCCGGGCGUGCUCCGCGCGCUGGCGGGCACGCGCUGGCCCGUCUCCAUCAUGGUGCCCAACGAGAUCAUCCCGGACAUCGCCGCCUCGCCCGCCGCCGCGGGCCGCUGGGUCGCCGACAACCUGGUCCCGUACUACCCGGCGACGCGGGUCAAGUUCCUGCUUGUGGGGAACGAGAUCCUCUCCGACUACUCCAUCGUCAACUCCACCUGGACGCGCCUCGUCCCGGCGAUGGAGAACAUCCACCUCAGCCUCCGCAAGCGGGGCAUCAGCAGCGUCAAGAUCGGCACCACGCUCGCCAUGGACGCUCUCGCCGACGGCGCCUUCCCGCGCCCGCCGUCCGCCGCGGCCUUCCGCCCCGACAUCGCCGAGUCCGUCGUGCGCCCGCUGCUGCACUUCCUGAACGGGACCAACUCCUACUACUUCGUCGACGCCUACCCCUACUUCGUCUGGGCGGGCAACAACCUCACCGUCUCGCUCGACUACGCGCUCUUCCAGGGCGGACGCACCCGCUACGUUGACCCGGGCACCGGGCUGACAUACACCAACAUGCUCGACGAAAUGCUUGACGCGGUGGCCAUAGCGAUGGCGAAGCUCGGGUACGGCGGCGUCAAGCUAGCCGUCGCGGAGACUGGGUGGCCCAACGGCUGCGACUUCGACCAGAUUGGCGGCAACGUCCACAAUGCCGCCAUCUACAACAGGAAUCUCGCGGCACGGAUGGCCAAGAACCCUGGCACGCCGCUCCGGCCGGGAGCGAAGAUGCCGGUGUUCGUGUUCUCUCUCUACAACGAGGACCUCAAGGGCGGGCCCGGCACCGAGCGGCAUUGGGGUCUGUACUACGCCAACGGUACGGCAGUCUACGAGAUCGACCUCACCGGUCGGCGGCCGCUGUGGUCGUACCCGCCACUGCCGGCGCCGGAGAACAACACACCGUACAAGGGGCCAAUAUGGUGCGUCGUGUCGGCCGCCGCCAGCAAGAAGCGGAACGAGACGGCGGUGGGGAACGCGCUAUCCUACGCGUGCGGGCAAGGAAAUGGGACCUGCGACGCCAUUCAACCCGGGAAGCAGUGCUACCUGCCGAACACGACGGUGGCUCACGCCAGCUACGCGUUCAAUUCGUACUGGCAGCAGUUCAGGAAGAUUGGAGCGACGUGCUACUUCAACAACCUCGCGGAGCAGACUAUCGAAGACCCAAGCCAUGGAUCCUGCAAGUUCCGCAGCUCGUUGGGCUCCUGACUGACUGCCUGGGAGAACGGAGUGGGAUAGAAACAUGUGAUUCCUGAUUUUGUGUAAUCCUAGUUUAGACGGGUUUGGUUGGGAGCUAGGGGAGGGGACGUGCUUCUGGCCACCAUAGAUGUUCCCUCACUUCUUACUCGGACUUCGGCUGUAACAGCGGAGACUUUGCUCGGUUGCUCGGUGCUCACUUCAGAAUCAGAAACGGGAGGUGGAAGUUCGCUUGCCAAUUUGCCAUGCUUG